AUGACAUCAAGAAGAGCCAUGCAGGAAACACAAGGGAGAGUAAUUUGUGUAGAUGAUAUAUUGACAAGUGCAUGCGGUGUGUGUCUGCAAUGGUGGGCAAGGAUCCUCUCAUGUGGUGCACUAUUCGCAUACGCUAUAUAUGUCAGUAAUUCACCCUAUAAUGAUGCAGAUAUGGAGAAGAUUUGUCGCAAAGCUGUUGAACUAAGUUGCGGUCAUCUUGAAGUCAUUGAUAUUGAGCGUUUUUGCACCAAUGAUCUCCUCAAAUGCAUAGCCGACAAUGGCAGUCACCUACUUUGCAUGCGGCUUGUAAAUUGUUGGGGGAUGACAAAUAAAGGAUUUAGUGAAGCCUUGAGAAAGCUUCCGCUGUUAGAGAAGGUUGACAUUUCACAUUCUUAUCUAACUGAGGUCUCUCUUGAAGCCCUUGGUCGAUCUUGCCCUCUUUUGAAAUCGCUUAAAUUUUCAGUAGGAUGGUUUGCUUCUCGUGAAUCUGAUAAAAUGGCUUUUGUUAUUGCUGAAACGAUGCCUGGUCUAUGCCAUCUUGAUAUGAAAGGACACAAGCUCAGUGAACUUCGUGUGCUCGCCAUAAUUGAUAAAUGCCCUCUUCUUGAAUCUCUUGACAUUAGUGUUUGUCUUUCAUUGUAUGAAGAUGAAGAUUUGCAUAAAAGUUGCAUCGACAAGAUCAAUGAUUUGCAACUGACAUAUUGUUAUACUUAUAAACCAAUGAGACAACUAAUAUGA